AUGGCCGAAAGCUAUCGUGUGGAAACGAUACCGCCCUACACGGUGUUGGGCGAAGGUCCUCAUUGGGACUUGGACCGGCAGAGUCUGUACUACGUGAGUCUAUGGGAUGCGUUGAUCUACCGGUUCGACUAUCGGGAGGGUAGAGUGUACAGUGCUUCGAUUGAUGGCAUCCGAUUCGCAACGUUUAUCGUCCCGCUGACGGAUAAGUCGGAUUGUUUCGUCAUCGGUGACACGCUACGGUUGCUGGUGAUACGUUGGGACGGAAAGUCGCCCAAGGCGUCCAUCGUGCGGGAGCUGGCAAGCCUGGGGCCGGAGCACGUGAACAAUCGGUUUAACGAUGGAAAGGUUGAUCCCUGGGGAAGGCUUUACGUGGGUUCGAUGUUGAACGAGUCGGCCGGCAGUCCGUUUGAGAAGGCAACUGGAUCGUUGUGGCGCUACUGUGACCGUACCGGGACAUUGGUCGAGCAGGAUCGCAACAUGUACAUCUCGAACGGAUUGGCCUGGAAUCGGGAGACGAACAAGUUUUACUUCGUCGAUUCAGGUGCGAAUCACAUCAAGGAGUACGACAUCGAUCUGGACGGCAAUUUAACAAACGCCAGGAUUUGGUUCGACUUCAAAGUGGAUGGCAAAGAUCCAGGUUAUUUCGGCGAUGGCAUGACAAUCGAUAGUGAGGGCAACCUGUACGUGGCAUGCUUUAAUGGUUUCAAAGUGCUCAAAAUCUCCCCAGAUAAAAAGAUCCUUCAAGAAAUUAAGAUCCCAGCGAAACAGGUUACCUCAGUGGCGUUUGGUGGACCGAAAUUGGAUGAGCUGUUCGUGACGACUGCGGCUAAAAACUUUUUUGGACCUCAGCAAGACCCAGCCGGUGCUGUUUUCAGAGUGACAGGACUAGCUGCGAAGGGACUAGCGAUGAAUGCGAUCAUUUUGAAGGAGUAACAU